GCACGAGUCAGGAUCCUGUUCGACAGACCGUUCGCCAUGGACUCACUGCGAAUCGCUCACGCCAUACCGGCUCUGGCAGGUUGGUCGCUUCGUAAAAGCUCGCUUCAGCGUCUUGAGCCUUUUUCGUCGCCCAGACAGAGUGAGAAGGGAUAGCGGGUAGAGGGUGAGCGGGCAUGGAGACUGUAUGGUGCUUGCCAAUGGUCAGUUGGUGAAGUGGUUUAUGGCGAUGGAUUGUAUACCAAGCAUCACCUUGCUCCUUUUUGGUUUCUCGGAAUCUUUUGGCAUCAUACGCGUAGGGUGGGGAAAGACCGAGAUCACCGAGACCGAAAGAUGCAAUCUAGUGAGGCGUGCAGCAGCAGCAGCAGCAGCAGCACCUGCAGGGAAGCUGGCGGAUGCGCAUUUUCUCAUUUGGACAAUGUUUUGAGAAGCAUGCAUGGCAUGUAAUAUGGUACUGUCACACCGAUCACGCAGUCCCCG